AUGGCCACCCGCAAUCCAAUGGAUAACAUGAAGUCCACAUGGCGUACAUGGGACCGUGAUCAAUGGAAGCUGCCCCACAAAAUUUUUGAGCACGCCAACGUAUAUCACGUCGAACUGGAUAGAGAAGUUCCAGUCCAUUCCAAGCAAGACAAAGUGCCCUACGUCUCGGAUUGGUCCUUGAACCUUUGGGUCAUUGUCAAUGCCGGAAUUCCUCUGGUCAUACACCAAGUCUUCACGUCUGUGACAGGAUACAAUCUCCACCCGGUCAUCGCCUUUUUCUACUAUUACUAUGCUUCACGUUGGUUCACAACGCGAGAACUUCGAAGCCUCCGCGAACUCGGCCACACUCACGGCUUCCUCGAUGGCGAUAAACAUGAGCGAGAUGGUGUGCCCGAUGUUGGCGUUUCCAAGGCUCUCAAAUCCGUGCUGCUGGCUGGCUUAGUUCGCCCUGUCAUGACAGUAUGGCUGACCUACAACGCGAACGAAGCUCCUGCAUCAUUGAACUGGGUUUGGCUUCCACUCGAAGUCAGUCUUUAUGGUAUCAUUCUUGACUUUUGGUUCUACUGGUAUCAUCGACUUAUGCACGACGUCAACGGUCUCUGGAAGUUCCACCGUACCCACCACCUGACGAAGCAUCCGAACCCACUGCUCACAAUUUAUGCGGACUCGGAACAAGAGUUUUUCGAUAUUGCUGGCAUUCCGAUAAUGACAUGGCUUACUAUGAGACUCAUGGGAAUGCCUAUGGGGUUUUACGAAUGGCACGUUUCUCAGCUAUAUGUCAUGUUCGCGGAACUGGCGGGACAUAGUGGCCUCCGUCUACAUGCCUCGCCACCAAAUCCAUUGACGUGGCUGAUAAAGAUAUUUGACGCCGAGCUGGUCAUUGAGGACCAUGAUUUGCAUCAUCGUCAGGGAUGGAAGAAGAGUCACAAUUAUGGGAAACAGACCCGAGUCUGGGACCGGGUUUUCGGGACAUGUUGCCCUCGCAUAGAGAGCACCGAGGCAAACGUUGACUACAAUAAUCCAGUCAGCAUGCCACUUUUGUAG